AGCGUAACAUAGCCAGAAGUGUGAAGAGAUGGAACAAACUGACCUGUAGUCAGUGCCAGCACAGAACCAUGAACGUGGUGUUUUCUGUUCAAAUUCUUCUUUGGGUUUAUUUUGUUGGCUCAGUUUUAACGUGGUCCUGAUGAGAUUCAAUUAUGGGUUUUUACUUCCGGGAUGAAAGGCAGUUUUAGGGUCUGAACCAGGAGUGGCAGUCAGUGCUAAGAAACACCUGGCAGUACCAGCGGCGAGGAAGCUGACCUGGUGGGAUUAGGGUAAACUGGAGAGCCUCCCCCACCCCCCACCCCCAACUUGUGGCCCUGGGGGGGUGUGGUCUCAGUUGGUAGGCCUUCUUGUAAGAUAAUGCAAGAAUGCAGAUUUGAUGUCAAAUGUCCCGAUGUUUAGACAUUGGCAGCUAUAAGCUUGAUUAGACCCUUCACCCUUGGCCUGUGACUUUGAGUCCAGGCAGCAAGGGCGUGGUGAGGGUGUGGGUGCAAAUCGCUGUCCCCCACUGAUGGGAAAGGCUCGUUUCUUCAUCAGGGUUCAGCUGGUUCUCCUUUACCUCUGCUCCAGAUUAGUCCUUCCUGCUUUGACCAGAUACGAGCAGGUUGGCAGCGUUACCGAUUAAGAAAUUGAGUAUUGAUUCUAUUGAAACAUAAGUGACACAAAGUCACCAGAGGAGAUUCUUAACUGCUGGAGGACAGUGACAAACCUGGAUUUGCAAAUUCUGUAGGUGUUGGUCUUCAUAACCUUCAGGGAGGUGAGAACUGUGCAGGUCUGUCCCCAUGUCACAGAGAGAAAGACCCUCUAGGCUUAGAGGGUUGGUCACUUGUCAGAGGAUGUGCACGCUGGGGGCGUGGCAGGCACAAAGGACAAAAACAGCAGCAGCUACAUUUGCCUGCAUGUCUCGUGCUAAUGCUGAGUGAUACAGUCGGCCCUCUGUAUCCACGGGUUUCAUAUGCAGGGAGGAGUCACCAACUGUAGAUGGAAAGUAUUUGGGGGGCUGAGUCGGGAGAAAAACUUAGCAGGUUCCAAAAAGCAAAACUCGAAUUUGCCGCGUGUGCCGAACGUGGCUCCGAAUCCGUGUGCAUGAAGCGAUGCACAGGCACACCUCGCUGUCACCUGCAUACGAAUACUGGAGCGUCCAUGGGUUUUGGUGUCCACAGGAGUCCUGGGACCAAUCCCCCAGGGCACCACGUGACCACCGUGCCUUAUUAGGACCCCUCCUCAGGAGAAGGAGCCAGACAUUUUAUUACUGCUGUUCCUUUCGUUAUUGCUGUUGGUACGGCUCCUGAACUCAUUUCAACCUUAGAAGUUCUUGGUGCUUGCAAAUGUGUUUCUGCCCAUGAAAAUAAUCCUGAGUACAUGAACCCACAGCUUUCUUGCUCACUAAGUGAAUUCACAGGACUCAGUGGAGUGUGUGUUUAACAACCUAUACGUUUAAGGAGCCUCCAGAAGCUGUUGCCAUGUUUCACUGAAGACCAAACCGGUCUCUGCAGGUGGUGGCUUAAUGCACAGGAAUAGUUUCUUCUCCCUGUUAACCAGCAUGGCUACUAGCAGAAUGUCAAAUGCAACCGUGGCUGGCUGUGUGUGCCAGCUGGACGGGCGGGCCCUGCAGACGGAGGAGCCGGCCUCUGCGGUGGUGCUUUAAGCAGCCGGACCUGACUCUUCCCACUCACAUCACAUCAUUUCCAUGAAACUUCCUCCUCUGGUGGCUUUUGUUGACUUAGGAGAGUGAAAUCUCCAUGCAGCAGUCUCAGGCCCUACCUGUAGACAUGCGUCCGGAGAUGUGGAUCGCUCAGGAGCUGCGGCGGAUCGGGGACGAGUUCAACAACUCCUACCGCAACCCACGGAGGGACUUUCUGAAUGUUUACCGGGAAGCAGAAGGCCACCCCCAGAUGGUGGUCUUACGACUGUUGCGUUACAUCCUCCGUCUGGUGUGGAGGAGGAUGCUGUGACGACGGGUUCCCGUGGAGCCGAGAUGUGUGCAGACAUUUCACUUGUUCAAGUGGACAAGCCCAGCGUCACGGCCCCCUGGCGCCACUGCUUUGCGGCCAGUGGCGGUUCCAGAGCGGCCGGUGUGGCCUGACCCCUGGAGCUGCGUGCGGACUUGACCUUACCGGUUCCUCGCCAUGUGGCAGAGGCUCUAGUGUAGUGUUUGUUAUGAAUGUAAAUGAGAGCGUAUUUUCCUUUUAAAAAUGUUACUAAUCAUGGUUCUUUGGAGCAGGAUUUUAGGCAAGAAUGGUGUCAGAACAGGUUUUUUUAAAAAGGAAGUGGAAAUUUUUAACCAACUCGUAAAUGAAUUUUUACUAAAAAUUUAAGAACCUAUUAUGGAAACUCUCAUGUGGAAACUGAGCCAGCUGGUUUCUAAAGCUGCCUUGGUUUAUUUUUACAGGCUACUGUACAGGACUUUGGAACAUGAGAGGUGUGUAUGAUAUGGCCCCUCCCUCCCUGCCGUUGCCUCUCUCGCCUUCUUUUAAUCAUGAUUACCAAAAAAUUCUUAGGAGAUGCAACUGAUUCAAGGGGUAAAGGGUCUUUUGUCAGCCUGUGUUGGUAUGCCACUGCCACUGUGUAAAUAUUGACUUACCUCCUUAAAUGUAAUUGCGUCCGUGGCAAAAGUGCAGCUUGUCUGUGUGGCUCGUCUUCUCCUGUGAUGCUCCUCUCUCUGUCCUGGGUGCUCAUGCACACAUUUGGUCCAGUGCGUCUUCACGAUUCAAGUGUAACUGGGUCAGAACGUGACUUGGAAUCUGCCUGUGUUGCCCACAGCUCAGCCAGUCUUUGGGGAGCUCACUCACCAGGAAGUGCUCGGUACUGGUUUCCACGUGGGUUGGUGGGCUGGCGUUGAAGUACAAGUGUCCUGAAGAGAGGGAGUGGUGACAGCACAGACCCAGUAUCAGGGCCCUUGGCACUGUUGGCUUUUCCAGUUGCAGGCUUCCCCUCAGCACAGGGGGCACUCAGCAUGAGGCCCCCGGGGGCUGGCAGGCCCACCUGCAGCUGAAUUGGGCUGCAGGAGUCCAAGCUGCAGUCCUCGUGGGAAUUGGCACAGGCUGUGUGGUGGGCGGGGCUUCGGGUGGCUGUUUCCUGGGCAUCCUGGCUUUCCAUCCACUUCCGAGUUGAUCUGGCCUCUGAUGCCCACCACUGGGUUCCCGCUCUUCAAUACCCACUUUGAAAUACAGGCUUCAUUCGCUCUGAGCAGCGCCAUGGAAACUCAUGAGGCACACGUCUGCAGCGGUCCCUUCUGACAGCUGGGCUUCGUCGGGCCGCCUCUGUGCAUCCACUGCUUCCUCCACUCCCACCUGGGAGGACUGCAGUGAGGGCACCCAUGGGUGACCAGUCAUUUCAAAGGCAGUUAAACAACGGGGAGACCCGAGAGGGACCGGUUAGAGAGCAGGGAAGGACGGUGCCGAUCAUUCUGUGAACCCACAACUCCCGACAGUUUUUGAAACCUCAGAUCAUGAAACAGUUUUUUAAGAGAAAUACAUGAUUUUUCAAAUGAGUCAGCAGUGCCAACAACUAUUGCAUUUCCUUUUGGCCCACCAAGGGCCAGCGUUUUCACAUUGUUAAAUUGCAAGGAGAAAUUCAUGUGUCUCUUCAUAGUUUUAUAUAAAUAUAUAUGUAUACAUAUAUGUAUAUACGUGUGUGUAUAUAUAUUUUGCAUAUACGCUUUCUUUAGGUAGAAAUAUUCGAUCUCAGAUAUUUUUCCUUUUUUAAAAUUUCUUUUUCCCCCAAAUCCUUUCUUGGGGUCUUGAAUAUUUUUAAAACUGUUGAGGCUGAGCUUGUGUUCUUGGUAGGUCUGGAACCCCCUUGCUGGGGCACCAAGGCCACACCGCCGGAGGUGGUGGUAACGCUGCGGCCGUGGGCCUGCUGGACACACACACCAAAGAUGUAUCUGGUUCUGGGCCCAUCCGCCCCCAGGAUCUCCGUACUCAUGUGCCGGUCCCUCUGACUGGAGCACUUUACCCUGUUUCUGGGAGCGCAGGAUGCAGCCCGGGCCGCGGGCUCGCUCGCUGCGUGCGCUCCUUUACCUCUGGCUUGGCAGCUGGCCGUGGCCACGCGUGUGAGGAAGUGAUUCUUGGACGUGUAGAAGUAUUAAGAACAGGAUGUUGCACCAGGACAUGAGAGGUGACUGGGUGUCUCUGUACUGUAUGUAUCUGUGUAUCACAAUGCUUCCUGCAGAAAGUAUACCUGCGAUGGUAUGCCUUUUACUUUUUCUUUUCUGUUUUAUUUCUUGGUAGAAAAAAUAACUAGCUCCCUUUCUGAAAAUUUAUGAGAUGCGGGUUUUGUGCCUUGACCACCUCUUCUCAUGCAAGAUUUGUAGGACGCGUUCUGUGACGAUCACAGACAUGCAGUAAAUGCCCCCCAGUCGCUCCACAGCGAUUCUUGCAUUUACCCGUAGUCCGGCCUAAAAAUGAGUUUAUGAAGAAUUUGUUUUUAGUUGUGGAGAAACCAGGUAAAAAUUCCUUCUGGUUUAAAAAAAAAAAAUGUACUCAGUCGAACCUUCUCCUGUUUCCCCUUCUUAAUAUUGUACAUACUUUGACUAUUUAUUAGAUUAGAUCAUAUUUUACUUACCAACUGAGCCAAAUGUCUGUGUGCAAUUGUCUCCUUUACCUUUCUUGUAAAAUUUUGUACAGCAUAAAUGAGCAAAAAAAAAAAAAAAAUCACUGUUUUUUACUAAACUUUUUCAGAAUUAAGGAUUGUAAAUAUUGUAGAUUCUUUUUCUGUGUAAUGUGUCCUACUGGUUCAUAGUGCUGUAACUUGUAGACAUAAUGUAUAUUUAUUUUCUGCUUAUUUAAUGUCUUAAGUUCUAUAAAGUGUUGACCUCUGACACGCCCUUCCCUCCUUCCCCCACCCCCCCACCAUCCCAUUGUUUGCUUUAACUCUGAGGUGGCGACUGGUCAGCUCACUGCCGGACACAUGGUCUUCCUAGGGUGGCUCUCCAGCUUUGGUUCCUGGUAUAUGGUCAAAUGGGUUUACAUGCUUGGUCUUUGCUGUCCUUUGAUAAAGCUCAUGUUUAGACACCAAUGAGAGACCAUAAAUCGGGCAGGUUUCAAAAUUCUUCGGGAAAUACCCAGUGACUUUCUAUUGGUUCCAAAACAGCUAGCUUCUCAUGGAAGCAAAUUCUAUUAGCUUCCAGGAUUUGUCUUCCAAAAAAAAAAAGUGUUAUCGGUAGUUGGGACAGAUUGAUGCAUUGAAAAUGUAUACCCGACAACUCAGUAUUCAGAGGGCAGGGGGCGGGUGGGAGAGGUUCCUGCUUCCAGACCAACCAGAGGACCUACCUGCUCGUGCCACUCGCCCCCUGUUGGCAACCGGUGAGCUGCCCGCCUCCGCCUGCUGCGUGGCCUCCGGUGCUUCGAGGUGUGGACUGAAUUGUCCUCAGGAGCUAAUUGUACAGGCUCCUGGCCCGGAACUUUGGUCCCUCAUUGGGUCGGCCUGCUUCCUUAGGUUGAUGUCCUGCUUCAGGAGAGGUUGGGGGCCCCAUCAGGAUGGGUAUUAAGAUGUGGGAGCUUAAGAGAGACUUUCCUCCUGGUUUGGUGUAGAUGGUCUGUCAUCCCUGCUGAUUUAGCCUGGUGCCUGUGUGUGUUCACUUUGCACAUGCGUGUGUGCAGGGAUGUGUUCACACAUGAGGCUAAACCAGCCGGGGUAGCUUCUACUCCAAACAGUGCGGCAUGCAAGAGCAUCUUCAAGCUCCCAGCGAAGUAACUUGACUACUUGUAUUGGGCAGUUCCAGACUUCUGAAGCUCUCCGAGGCCUAUGUCCAGGUCCCGUGACCACUCGUCACUGUGUUGGAACUCAUCAGGUACUCCUGUACAAGAGCACUGAUCUGUGUGGAUACUGAUUCAUCACUAAUGUGUUCCUAGGACCCAGCAUAUUGUAGCAUUCGUAUUGCAAUUUCCCUGGCUCACUUUGGUUUGCACUGAUGAAUUUUGACAGGGUAAUUGCCACUUUAUUGUGCAAUACUGCUGUAAAUAACUGCAGAUUUUUUUUAAGAAACUCAAUCUUUUUAUGUUCUUACUGAAUUUUAUAUAAAUAAAACUUUUCAACUGGU